AUGGCUGAGGCGACGCCGUCUCAGGAGGAGUUGGCAGGAUCCGCGGCCGGUGACACGCUGGUCCUGAACGCUGCUGAUCCGGCCGUGUCGGAAUCUGACGGCGGUGUCAUGGAUGGUGCGCAUAGUGGCUCGGCCGAUGCCGUGGGCAGCGAACCGGCAAAGAAGGCAGCCGACGAGGAGGCCAACGGCGCGAUGAGCGAUGAUGGCGGGCAAGAGCUUGGUAGCGGCGAUCAUGCAACAGACUCAGCUACAGUGGCUGUGGAGGAAGCAGAGGCGACAACAGGUGUUGAUGACGAAGUAGACGUGAAUGCGGAUGUCAAGGACGACGCAGCGGUGACUGCGGCUGCCGAGGAUGAACCGGAGAUGGCUGCGGUCGCGGAGAACAAAGCAGAGAUGACUGCGGAUGCCGCGGAAAACGAGCCAUCGGUGGCUGCGGCCGCGGAAAACGAGCCACCGGUGCUCACGACUAAAGAGACUGAAGAAGAGAGUGCAGAUGCCGAUGCCGUCACAGCAUCUGGAGUACCAGCAGUGAAGAAUGCAGAGCCAAGUGCAAAUAGCACUGCCAGCGAGGUAGACCGAGCCCAAGCAUCUGCGGAAUCACCAGCAGAAACAAUCGUACCAGAAUCAGAUCCCACGGUCGAGUCAACAGAGGCGGCCGACGCAGAAACAAGCCUGAAUUCGUCUGCAGAGGCGGCCCUGGCAACAAAGCCUCACCAGACCGACGUCAUGCCUGUGGCUUCCCCCAAGAUUGUCGUUGAGAUCAGCGAAAACGAUCAGGACGUUUCCAAGGAUAGCUCCGCCGAAGAUGCCUGGGAAGGACGCGGGGAUGCCGAUGACUACGAACACGAGGAGGUGGACCCACGUGUAGAAAUUGCCCUUCAAGAUAUGAAUGAUGCCUCGGACGCCAUCAAUCGGCUCGAGAAGGAACUAGAGGAAACGAAAGCAGCCUUCAAAACAGCCAUGGACCAAGUGCAAAUAGAUCUGCGUGAUUUGGCCAACAAGCUCGGGCGCCGCAACAUCGACAAGGCCCGCCCCUAUCACCAAGCGCUCUUCCGAGCCCGCAAGGCCCACUACGAGUCACGGCAGGCAGCUGUGUACUUUGAAAAGGCCUCUGGGGCCUACCAGCAAGCCAAGCAAAAGGUCAAGGCCACCGAGCAGCAGCUGGAGAAGGGCGCAACCUUUGACGCAAAUCUCCAAGCUUCCCUCAACAAAGCCACGCAAGACCUCAUGACCGCGUUCAACCGCAAAGAACACGCAGAUACAAUUCACCAGACCAAAACUCAAACCUUCCUCAAAGCCGACCGCGAACUCAUGGAGCUGGCCAAGGCACGCAAAAAAAUCAUCAUCAAGACCAAGCCUUACUAUGAGAGCAAAGUUCAGCACGACAAGAUUCUCAUGGGUCUUCGUCAGCAACUGCUACAGCAGGAGCGUGACAUCAAGGCAGCCAAAGAGAAAUACAGCAACAGUCUCAAUACCUUAUCCAGCAUUAGUGAGGAAAUUCACGAGCGACGCGAAGCUGAAAAGGCCGCCAAAACGCCUCCGGCGUCCGCCACCACGCAGCACGGCGGCGCAUCGGUGCCUGCAGAGACCGCCGUGUCUGAGGCGACCGCUGCGAACAGUACAGCCGCACCUGAAGGCGACAAAUCGUCGCGUACAUCUGUGACCUCGAGUCCGCGUCGCGUCUCCUCCGAGGCAUCGGAUCGUUUGCGUAAACAGAUUGAAGAAGCCAAAGCGCAAGAAGCUCUGCAGCUUCAGCGCGAACAAGCACGCGAAAAGGAUCGGGAACAACUUUUGGCUGCGGAGCAAGCCAUGAACGCCGAUCUCAUGGCAGAAGGCGGAGAGGGUGAGGAAAACGACUACAACGAGGCCGAUGAGACACAAGAUAGCAUCGUCAGCUCCCAGGACGAUCUGCACAUGGCGAACGUCUACGAGGAAGACGAUGCCAAGCAAUCCCCAACACCACCUUCCUCGGCUGGCGUGGAUCCUGUUUCCCAAUGA